UUCAAGCUUGACAGCUAACAAGCGUUAGCAGCAUAGAAGGGUACCCUGAAAAAAAAUUGUUCCGCAAUAUAGUCCGAGUUUAUUCUCACGAGCAAGAUGCAGAACCACUGCGCUGUGCCGAACUGCACCAGUGGAAAGUCAGACCCUCAGCCCCUCUUCAGGUUCCCGCAUGACCCAGAAAGGUCCAAGAAGUGGGCUGAGAAAUGCCAGAAGCAAGACCUCAUCGACAAGUCACCCGGCCAGUUGUACAGAUACUACAGAAUUUGUGGGAAACAUUUUGAAACAUCUUUGGUCGAUAGCAACGCUCAGAGUACAGUGUUGAAGGAUGACGCCAUACCAACUAUCUUUGAUGUACCAAUCCAACCUCAGAAUGGACCGGUAAAGCGCAGUAAAGAGACAACCAAAGAUGAUGAAAUUGACAGCAAUGAGGAAAAAAAACUCAAACUGUCUCAAGCAAACACCGGUCAGACCGAUGUCCAGACACUCGCAGUGGAAGAGGAAUACAAAGAGUAUCUCAAGUCAUUAUUUGAAGUUCUCGUGCUGUUGGGGGAGCAAAGCAUUCCUCCGACAGGGCCUGGUGAUGACAAAGAGCAUGGCAUUGAGUCAAGCAACUUUCAGGCGUUGUUGGAAUAUCGCUUGACUUGUGGAGAUGAAAUCCUCAAGAAGAGGCACGACGCAAACAAGGAGUGCUGCUCCGCGGCUCUGUUGAACCAGUUGAUUGAGGUGAGCGAGAAAUGCAUCCGCAGUAAGCUGGUGGAGGAGGUUCAACAAAAUGGCUAUUUUUCAUUACUUACCGACGACUUGGUGAAGAUCUUGGGAGAAUGGUACCUCCCCGUCUUUCUCCGUUACGUGGACCAGUCUAACUGCCUGCGGGAGAGGUUUCUUGGCUUCUUGUCUUUUGAAGGAGACGGAGACGCCUUAGCAGAGUCACUGCUGUCUGAAAUUACUGAAAAAUGGGGCUUGGAUAUGGAGCAGUGUCGAGCCCACGCCCACUCCUGCACUGGGACACAUUUUGGUCAAGUUAAAACAUUUGCUGCCAAACUGACGGAGAGGUUUCCAAUGGCAGUGCUUACACAAAGAUCUACUCGUACAUUGAACCUGUCGCUGGCAAAUGGUAUGGCUUUGUCAGGGGUUCAGCUGGUUUUGUCCACCUUUAAGAAGAUUGAGUCUUUCUUCAGUCAGUCCCCUCUGCUGGUGUCGGAGUUGGAGCACGCCAUUUCCAUUUUCUACCCGGACAAAGAGGAGAAGGCCAAGGAACUGAAGGAGAUCUGUGGAGCCAGCUGGACCAGACGGAAUGAUGCGUUUGAGGUGACGGUGGAAAUCCUGGAGGCGUUACUACUCUGCGUGGACAGCGUUCACGACAAUGAAGACAUGAGGUGGAACGAUCAAGUCACACACAAAGCCUUAGAGAUUUCAAAAGCCCUAGCUGAUUAUGAAUUUGUCAUGGCGCUGAUCGUGCUUAAAAAUGCUCUGACAGUGACGCAGGCCUUUGGGAAGAACAUGCAAGGGCAAACAGGGGAUGCCCACUUUGCUACAAACAGUUUAAACGCUGUUUUGCACACCCUGAAGGAAGUGUCUGACAACAUCGACGUGUAUCACGAGUUCUGGACCGAUGAGGCCGUCAACUUAGCCGCUGCAAUGGAGAUCCCAGUGAAGGUUCCACGGUCGUUCCUGAGAAAGCACCAGUUUGAAUCUGGAGCCGUGCGGCCAGAGAGUCACUACAAAGAGCACCUGUCCGUUCCCGUGGUGGAUCACAUCAUCAGAGAAAUGACGGAAAUCUUCUGCGAGGAUCACCUGAAGGUUCUGAGAUGUCUGUCACUGGUCCCCGCUCUCAUAGAGCAGCACAAAUCUAUGCAACCCGAGGAGGAGAGUGUGCAAGUGUUCAAAAAUGACAUCCCUAACGCAGCGACCCUCUCCGCCGAGCUGCACUGCUGGUGGGUUAAAUGGAGCAAAAAGGGCAAAGAUGAGACCUUUCCAUCCACUCUGCAUGAGACACUGCAGCUGUCCGAUGUGAAGUUCUUCCCAAACAUGCUGGUGGUUCUGAGGCUGAUCAGUAUCCUGCCUACCUUGGCUCUGGAAGACGGCUGCGAUGUGGCAUACAAGCGCUUCCAGUUGUACAUGGAGAACACGCCGGACAAAUUAAAAUCAAAAAGUCUCGCUCUAUUGAACAUGAACUAUGAUGUCGGGUUAGACUUGGACUCAAUGGUUGAGGUCUACAUGAAUAUGUACCCCGACAGGGAGGAUGUGUGUCUUAGUCAGAAGUGAUAUGGUUGCUAAACCGCCACACAGGUGACCCACAGCUAUGCUAAUGUAGUAUCUAGCUAUCGUACUAAAUUAGCAUAAUUGAAAGGCUGUCAAAAUUCAGAAUGUAAAUUAAAGAAUUGCUCGCAGAGUGGCAUUAGUGAGUGAAAAAUACCAAACGUCUUUGAAAUAGGUUUUUUUUCUAUGUUUGUAUUUUGGGGAGAGUUGAGUUCGUGGUGAAUUGGAGAUCAGGACAACGUAGUGCGAGAGUUAAAGUCCCCUGUAAAUAAGGCCGACAAUGCUCAGCUACACCCGCGCUCUAUCACUUUUCAUCUUGCUCGUUGGUAUUAGAUCUGCAAAUGGAGUGUAUGCUUGUGACUAAACUGCUGAGUCCCCAUCUGCUCUUUGACUCAAAUUUCCACCAUAGCAUUUGGUGUUAAUGAUAUCUGAUAUGAUUAAAAACUAAACCCAUUUGGACUACUUGCACUGUUUGCUGCAGUGGACACACAAAAAUAAAAUGUUCUCUCAGCCAGGUCUCCACUGCAAAGUAACAUUUGGGAGUUUCUUGUUGCCCUCCCUUUUUUUUAGGAGGCUGUUCUCCAAUGGAGGCUGUUUUCUUUCCUAUUUAAUGAAAUGUGGCGUCAUGAAAACCAAUCAUCUGUAGCUGAAUACUUGUAGCUUAUGAAUUACAUUUUAUGUGCAGUCUACUGCAAGGGUUUAGAAAAUAACUCUAUAAUUUGUAUACAAAAUGUUUCUUUUGUAUAAUAAAAAUCAUCCAAAAAUGA